UCGAUUAUAUCAUCACCUAACCCAGUUCACAACAUGUUUUCCACGUUGGAGCACAUUGAACCAAUUAAAAGUGAUCUCAAUCACUCUCAAGUCAGUGGUAACCGGUUCAAUUGUAUUCCAACUAGUAUAUUUCAGACGCUUUCCUCGUGUGCAAAAUGGAAUCAUCUCUAGAAUGACGCACAUUUCUAGAAUUUUAAUUGAUAAUGAAACUUCAUGCUUAAGUUCGCCACUCAGCGGUGCUCAGUUCAGCCAGAACAGCCAUAUGAAGAUCACACAUUCGGUGUUCAUUCUUGUGAUUUCUAUUGGCAGCAUCUCGACUACUGGAAGCGAUGAAAAUGUAGACCCGGUGCGUAAUUUACGAACGGCAAUCAAAGAUUACUGUGAGUGGAAAUAUUCCUGCUGUGACUUAACGGAGGCACUGCUAACCUGCCGGGAGCUUUGUUUCAACUCACUGAGCUGCGAGGAACCGACCACACAGCAGAUACCGGCGCAGAUUCAAUUUGGACCAUCGCUUCUGUCCGCUCGGGGCAGUUUCCUGUACAAACCCGCCUAUCGCCCCACGAAAAUGGUGUGUCCAGAAGGAUACAGACAGGACCACCGAGGACGUUGUCGGUUUGUGUUUACCUUUGAAUGAAUUCGACACAAGUGCUAGAAAGUAAACAAACACGAAAUAGCUAGGUUAAACAACUUAUCGUCAAAGUGAUGAUAAGUAUAUCAAAACUUUUAUCAGCAUAAUUUCCAAUUCAAAGAUAACCGGCCAACGGCUAACGCGCUUGACUGCCCCACAAAGGUUACGUAAACGUUACGGUAGUCGUUCAAUCAACUCGGUAGCGAAGAUGGCAUUCAAAAUGUUUGCAUUCUGUACUGUCCAGCUAGUACUGUCAGUGUUGUUCCGAACGGUCGCGACAGACAACAUUCUGUUCCUUCAAUCACUGGAUUCCAAAAGUCAUCAUAUCUGGAACAAGCAAAUUUUCGAUCGGCUCUACGAGAAUGGACACAAUCUUACAAUUAUCUCCUUCCAAGAGGAAACAUCGAUACCCGGUAAGACUUUUCUGGUGGUGAAAGAUUUCAUGAAGAAAGUGAUGGCAGAGCUUUCCCAGGACUGGGACUUCUCGAAUCUACGUAGUCCACUAAAAAACAUCAAAGCUAUGUAUGAUUACUACAAUACCGGCAGCCGGAUUCUGGCAAAGGAUGACACCGUCCACCGGUUGCUCGCGUAUCCCAAAACGUUCAAGUUUGAUUUGGUGAUUCACGAUCUUACGAUGGGACAAUUUUUGCUCGGAUUCGUUGAUUACUUUGACAACCCUCCGCUGGUGUCCGUUUCUGCCUUCAACAUCCCUCCUCACGUUAUCACCAUGGCGGACGCUCCGCUACGAACCACUCACAUGCCCCACUAUGCAUCGACGUAUGGCCCUCAGAUGGAUUUCAUCGAACGGGUUAAGAACACCCUGUACUGGGGCUUCGAUAUCUUCUAUCGCAAUUGCGUUUACUUGGCCAAUGAAGACCGACGGUCGAAACGACUUUUCGGUGAGCAGACGGCCUCAGUUGGACACAUUGAAAAGCGCUCCGAUGUGAUACUGGUCAACAGCGAUUUCAGCAUGGAACACUUUCGGGCCUUGCCACCGAACGUGAUCCCAGUGGGAGGAUUACACGUGUCCCGCCGGGAGGAAGUUCCACCCAUCAUUAAGCAGUUCAUUGCCCGGGCCAUUAAAGGUGUUAUACUGCUCAGUUUCGGAACCAACAUCGACAGCGGUAUGUUGGGAGAGCAACUGAACAGAGACAUAUUCAACGUGUUCCGCAGUAUGCCCGACUACGGAUUCAUUUGGAAACAUGGAAAUCCGGAAAAACUAGACGUAUUUCCUGCGAACGUUCUCCCCCUGAAAUGGGUUCCGCAGUCGGCAAUUCUGUCCAACCAGAGGACAAAACUUCUAAUCAGCCAUGGAGGUUUGUUAAGUUUACAGGAAGCGUCCUGGCAUGGAGUUCCGGUGGUGGCCCUACCGCUUUUUGUCGAUCAGUUCAGCAAUGCGGAAAAACUUGUUAAGGCGGGAGUUGGUCUGAGUUUGCCUCUAACCGAAAUCAACGAAACUAAUCUUCGGGAGUGUAUUGUUCGAAUUUUACAGGAACCCAGCUACUACGAAAAAAUGAAGAAACGCUCGUACCACUUCAAAGGUCAACCGGAGCACCCGUUGGAUAGGGCGAUAUUCUGGAUAGAAAAAGUACUGGAAAAUAAAGGACUCAGCUAUCUUCGUUCUCCGGCGCUUGAUAUGAAUGUGUUCCAGAUCUAUGGCUUAGACAUGAUUGGAGUGGUUCUGUUGGUGGCCUUCUGUUAUUAUUUACUUGUGAGGAGACAUUUUGGGAAGAAAAAACCCAUACAAGAUAAGAAAUCUAAGAAAGAAUGAGAAGGUUUUGCUUCAAACUCUACAUAAGUCUAAAUCGACUUUCUUCAUUUAAUUGUAAUUAAAUUGUUUUGAUUGACUAAGAAUUGUACUGAACGGAAUUACAUUGUAGAUCAAAAGGA